AGACAAGUGAACAGGAGCGGCCAUAUACACUCGUACUAAACACAAAACGACUUGUUUGUAAUGAGUACUAGUGCAAUAAUUAUAGUGUGUCUGACUGAGCGCAGUUAGAUCUGUGAAGCUAUGUGGAAGACAUAGGUGCCCCCCCCGCAGAGAGAAUGGAGUGUCCUGAUGGUGAGGUGUGUGUUGUCCCAUCAAGAGAGAAGUUGGGAUGAGCGGAGCUGUGCGGAGUGUAGAUACACAGCGUACUAUGAUUCGGGAGAACUACCUGUCUGCACUACUGCGGUCAGUCACAAUGAUAAUGCUGCAUAAUUCAAUGUAAUUUCAUCAUGAGCAGACCAUUCUUUCAAGCAAGUAUGCCAGAGCAAGAUUAUCGGAAUGUCUGUGUUUGGUUGCCCAACAGAGAGCAACUAGAUGUCACUGUUGGGACAAAAGCCACAGGUCAGGAGCUAUUUAACAAAGUUUGUGAAGCACUGGAUAUUAAACAAGCACAUUUAUUUGGCCUUAGCAUUGUUAAAAAUAAUGAAUAUAUUUUUAUGGACCUAGAACAGAAGCUGAACAAGUAUUUUCCUAAGGAAUGGAAGAGAGACCCUCUCAAAACAACUGAAAAGUUUAGUCCACCAUGCGUUGCCUUUUUUAGAGUUCAGUUUUAUGUAGAAACUGGAAAAAUAAUAAGUGAUAAAAUAGCCAGAAAAUUGUAUUAUUACCACCUGAAAGAACAAGUCUUGAGAUCCCAUUGCACUCACACAGAGGAGACUUAUUUUUUGCUGGCAGCAUAUGCACUUCAAGCUGAUUGUGGAAACCAAAGAAACCCUAUUAAAAAUUACUUCGAACCCGAGGCCUACUUUCCACACUGGAUCAUUGCAAAAAGAGGGUCUGAUUAUAUAUUGAAGCAUGCUCCUGAGGUGCACAAGGAACUUCAAGGAAUGUCUGUGAAGGAAGCUGUUCUAAAUUUCAUUAGGGAAUCGUGUGUCCUGGAAGAUGUACCUGUUCAUUAUUAUAGACUUCUAAAGGACAAGAAAGAAGACAGACCUUCUAUUAUUCUUGGUGUAACUCUUCGAGGAAUUCAUAUUUACCAGGAAAUUGAUCAUAUUCGUCAACUUCUCUAUGAUUUUCCAUGGUCAAAUGUGGGGAAGCUUACAUUUCUUGGUAAGAAAUUUGAGAUUCAACCUGAUGGAUUGCCGUCAGCACGGAAACUGGUUUACUACACAGGCUGUCCGUUCCGAUCACAACACCUUUUGCAUCUGCUCAGUAAUAGUCAUAGACUGUAUUUAAAUAUACAACCUGUGAUAAAAGAAAUUAAGAAAGUGGAAGAAGCAGAAGAAAAGAAAUGCUACAGGGAAUCCUAUGUAAGUGACAACAUGGAAAUGGAUUUAGAUCCAUCUGAUAAAUGUUCUCAUGGAAGCAGCAGGGAAAGUGCCAAGAACAAUCGCCUUUCUAGACAGUCAACUGUCAGUCAUAGUAGCUCACAUACCUCUGGCAUUGAAGCCGAUUCACACCACAGGAUGUCAGAGGAGAUGUCUGUAGAUGAUCCUUUUGGUCUCGAGGUUGUUAACCUUAACAAGAGUUCUUAUAGCUCUACCAUCAGUCAAAGCACCUCUGGAAUUGAACAUGAGAGCAAAGGAAGAACAGACGGAGAUUCUCAAGGUGAUGAGGUUGAAUUGUCAGUGGAUAAGCCUCUUGAUGCUGAAGUUACUGUCCCAAUAUCAUCAGACACAUCGGUUUUGGAAACUGAAGAACAAUGUGUGGAUUCUCCCAUAAUGGAUAAUUACAGCUGGCAAACUGUGAAGUUGAGAGGACAAAGAGUGGAUCCUUUUCAUAAGGCGAAUACCUCAAAAUCCCGAAACUCCGCUGAUCGCUACAGUCAAAGCUUGGAUGAUGUGCGCAUUUACCAGGAGACUCAUCCUCCUUUUUCUACCUCUGUGCUUACUUCUGACACAUCCCAAAGCUACACAUUUGGCUGUGCAAUCGAAGAAAUAGACUAUAGUUGUACAUAUACAACAUCAGACUGCAAGGUCAAGUCCACGUUACUGGGAAAGAGGUCCAUGAAUUGCUUAUCAUUGGAUCUACUAGGAGAGAACCAACUUCUGGAGUUUAUUCUCUGAAAGUCUAAUCAUCAUAGAGAGGCUUAAGUAUGAAGUUGGAGAACUAUGACAACAGUCAACCCCCCUUUUACAAGCCAUACACUAUAACAUAUGUGAACCCCACCGGACUUUUGUUUUAUAACUUUGGGGUGUUUGCUGUUGUUUCUAAAGUGUUAUUCUUUGUUAUGGUUACAUUGAUAAUUGUAUAAAGUAUUUACUUUAUCAACAAAUCUAUGCAAACUCACAAAUUGCUAUAUAAACAUUGAAUUUUUGUGUAGAUAAAAUGGGUGUUCGCCUAGCUUGUUUUGUCACACAAAGAAACCAGUGUGAUAAUGCAAUAAAUAACCAUUUUAAGUAAAGUUUCAGAACUACAAACGUAGUUUGACAUAUUUCCCACAUUCCGAAUCUCUCCCUUAUUUCCAUUUGUUUGGAAUGAGCAGUGCACUAAUCUAUGCACAACAAAUCUGAAGAGUGAGCAAGGGAGGAUGGCUAUGUUCCUGUAUACAGUGGAAUUAUUAAGAACAAAUGUAGCCACCCUCGAAUAGGAAUAAAAACAAAGCAUUUGGGGGAGGCUGAGAGUAAUGGAUAGUACUUUUUGAGUUAAAAAUACAACCUGAACAGAAUGUUAGUGGUAAUAAAGGCAAGUGUAUACAAAUUUUGUUUUUCCUAAACCUCGGGAUAUCAGUGUUGAAAUCACCACACAGAUGUUUUUAUAUAUUUGUGGCAUCUGCAAAACAAGUUUUACAGUUACGGCUCCUGCCGUUUUCUCUGAAAUGUAUAAAAUAAGAAUUUCACUGGCAGGAGUUGGAGACCACAAUAUUGGGCAGAGCUUGGAACUCUAGCAGCAGGAAUCCCUGAGACAUAAGAAUGCAUUGUUUUCUAGCCUGUGCUAGACAUCCUUAUACUUUUUAUUGUGCAGAGUUCAGUAUUAUAUUAUUUGAUGACCUAUCUUUUGAAUUGUAAGUUGUAUUGAAAAACGUAGGGUAUCAUGAACUGUUGUACUUAGACAUGCACCAGAAAUGUAGCACAUCUUUAGGUGGUAUUGAGUAAAACAUGAUAGUAAUAGGUUUUGUAUGUAUAUGUGCACUGUUACUGAUUAUGCCUUGUAAAUGCCAUUGUGAAUGUUGCAGAAUGUGCUGUAAAUAUUUUCUUUGAAUAAUUAAGAGUCAUAUGAGUUAAUUUAAAGAUUUUUACAGGAAAAAUGCAGAUGUGAAAAGUACAUACAGGCAGUCCCCAAGUUACGAACGGUUUAGGGUGUAGGUUUGUUCUUAAGUGGAAUAUGUUGUAAGUCGGAACAGCAUGCGCAGAACGGCAGAUACGGUGCUUUCCGAUGUUCCGUCGAAUGUGCCUGCCGUCGAAAACGUUCAGUUGAAUGUGCCCGCCGUUGAAAAGUGGCCACGCAGCCUUCCAUUCGUAAGUAGGAGUCGUUUGCAAGUCGGAUGUUCGUAACUCAGGGAACUCCCGGUAGUUUAAAAAGGAAAGUAAUUAAAGUGUUCUAGCUGCACAUAACUGUUCUAGCAUUUGCACAAUGAGCAGCUUAUUGACAGCAAAGAGAAAGCAGUUGGGAAAACGUACUGAUAUUUGGUUAUGUACAAUCCAUGACCACUGAAUAUUUUAACUUUUUUUUUUUUUUAUAUAUAUAUAGUAAAUUCCUAUAAACGCAGUUCAGUAAAGGGGUAUAAUGCAUGCCCCAAAUCAUCCCUAAAGCGGUAUUUAACCCAGAAGCAAACCUUUAUUAUACUGCAUCUUGGAUGUGAUGGCUGUAUUCGUUUUCUUUUUUAGGCUUUCUUUACUUUAUUUUCACCAAGUGCUCAACCCAGUAAGUCUCUUAUCUUUCAAAAGAACAAGCUCCCCAACAAAUGUAGCAGUUAGUGUUGAGGCAAACCAUUUUAUCAAUGACAGGGGUCAAGUACAAGGCUUAAAGUACAACUAAAUGGAAUUUUGUUUCUAGAUUUGGAUAGAUUGGAGAGGGAUUAAAACGCUUUUCAGUUUUUAUAGCUGUCUGUGCCCCCAUUCAGGAGAUUCACCCUCCUCUAUUUCUCCUGCUUACCAUCAUCAUUAAAAGUGAAAGUAAAAGAAAACCCCAAAUUUUGAGUUGUCCCCAGAAAAGUAAUAGAGAGGAAAUCUUCCAAUGGGGACACUGGUUAUGGUGACCUGGGGGUCCCCAAGGAAUUCUCUCAAUGUGCAGGUAUAUCCUCUCACUUCGCGUUUGGCUAUGGGACAGAAGGUGAAGGGAAAUCCUCUGUAAUGUGACACAGAUGAUGAAAAAAAUUCAAAUCUGACCAGGAUUAUGACUCACCCUGGCUCUAUCCAGAAAAAAAAGGUUUUGCAUAUAGGUCUACUUUAACCUUUGCAUGGCUGGUUCAUUAUUAAACACACACUGCUAGCCUGGGAGAUGAGAAAUGUCUUACUGUUACAAUAUGUACAUUAAGCAAUCCAGAUUCCUACAUACCAAGGUAUUUUGAGAAUAAAUUGGGUUAGCCAGCAACUUCAAUAAUGACCUAAUUGAAUAUACAAGUUGAUUUUGAGAUAAUUAAAAAGAAAUGGAACAUGCAAGGCAGAAAAUGUGUGCUUGUAAUGUGGGAUAGAUUAGUUAAAAAUCAAGGUUUAUAUAUAUAUGUAUAGCUGCUUCUUGAAAUUCUAAAAAUAUGAUAUGACACCCACCUCCUGUGUUGUAUGUUUGUCCUGUUAAUGUAAACAGGUAUUCUUGACCUCUUAUGCCUUGUACACACGAUCGGAAUUUCCGAUGGAAAAAGUCCAACGGACUUAUUCCAUCGGAUAUUCCGAUCGUGUUUAGCCCCAUCUGAGUUUUUUCAUCAGAUAUUGUGAUGAUUUCCGUUGAAGUUUAGAGAUAGAACAUGUUCUAUUUUACUCUGAUGGAAUUCCGGUGUGAUUUGGCCGGGCAGAAGCCUGAUUGUAUACGGGGCAUUACACUUCAAAAACAUUCCAUGCAAGCAGGUAUUACAGUAUUCUUUCCUGCACUAAUAGAAAGGGUUUAGACAUGCAUGACGAAAAUUUGUUUUGAUUCUUUAAUCUACUUGUUUAGUUAAAUUCAGUUGAUUCGUUCAAUUCGUUUUUGGAAUUUUUCUUUGAAUUUAUCGCUUUUUUAUAUAUUUUUUUUCUUUUCAAUUUGAAACAGUCGAAUCAAUACAUUUUGAAGAAUGUGGCAAAGUGAACAAACAAAAUUUUUUUUUUUAUCAAAUGAUUUUCUAUCACCUUUUUCUUAGUUAAAACGUCAUUAUACAAAAUGAUACUCUAUCAAACAGUCUUUGAUUUCAGCAAUAUGUGUACAGUUAGAAUUCGACUGGAGUUUUAUGUAAAAUUUCAGUCUGAAUUUAGUUUCGUUAUUCGGAGAAUUCAAUAAAAUUUGUUUAUCGUAAUUCGGAUAUUCAAAUACAUCUGAAUAUUGAAAAAUUAGUCUGAAUAUUCGGAACGAAACAAACCGUACAUGUCUAAAAGGGUUAUUAUCGUAUAUUCAGUCUGGAACUAAAGUAAAGGUGUUCAGUUGUCCAUCAUAUGUACAUGUCCAUUCCAUAAAGUAUUUUUUUUAAACGUGCAAAUUAAGGCGUGUUAAUGCUGAUUAUAACACAAUUUUUUAUUCAAGGUUUUUGGCUUUACCUUGUUACUUUUAUAUCCAGAUAUUUAUCAAUGCAGAAAAAGAACACAAACCUAUAACACAAUUGAGGGGUGUAGGUUUGUUUAUACAGUAUAUGCAAGUUAUUUAAAAACAAAGCUUCUGAGAAAAUCACUCAUUGUAAUGAGAGAAUAUAUGUGAAUUAUCCUGACAGAAUGUUGAAUAAUUAGGAAAGCCAGACAUUUUCCCUUAAAACUGAAUUUUGUUGUCAGGGUAUUGAAUUAUGCGCUGGAAGCUUCUUGUAUACAGCCAUACACUUUACUUUCAUGGAGGAUUGCAGCACAUAUCUUUAUAUCAUGGAGAUGGGAAAAGAACAACCAAUAAAUGCAUUGAACAUAGAUGGCCAAUACAUCCUGUUGUAGAAUACAUACUGUAACACUACAGCGCCACCUGCUGCUUAAAUAAGUAUAAUGUAUAUAGUUCAUAGUACUUUACAUGCUGUUGUCUGUCCAACCAAAUUUAGGUAUGCAUAUUUUUGCUUAGUUACAUUGGUCCAGCUUGGACCAAUAUAAGUAUGCAUGUUCCAUACUUGGAAGAUCCCUGUGAAAGCUUGAAAUCACUGUAGUAGGCACUGCAUUGACCUUCGCCAGCUUCCAUGUUCUGUGCCGAGUGGCUGCCCUGCCACUUGGUGAAUACUGGAGGGAAUGCAAUGUGUUCUCUGAUUGGACGAGAUGGAGAGAUGGGGUGGUGACAUCAUGAUUUUCACCUUGUCUAAUCAGAACGCGUAAGUGUUCUCUAAAUAGCACCUGUGCUAAGCAAGCAAUCUUCUGCAUUCACUAUGCAGCAUGGCAGCUGCUCUGCGCGGGACCCAGAAAGUAGCAGCGAUCACUGUAGUAGCAGGGCCUAAAACUGUGAUUUCCAGCUUCCAUGGGAAUGGAACAAUAAUAUGCAUACCUAAGCUAUAGCUUUAAAAUGCAACUGCACAUUGGGCCAAACUUGUAGGGGAGUUGGUACUGUGAUGCCAAGGUGGUAACACCUUUAAAUGGAAAGUCUGAACAACAAUAUUAAGGACUUUUUGGCGAUUACAUGGUUAGGGACCGCAGUCAGCGUGUCCUUAUUUAUAUAUAAUUAAAUGGGAAUAGUGUAAACUCAUCUAAUGAUCUUGUGUAGCCUGUGAAGUACCAGCAUGAGAAACUUUUCUGUUUUUAUACCAUGGUCUCCUUUUAGCGAUCAGUCACCGAUGAUGAUAAGAAAAAUUGUCUUGUUCAAUCAGGUUACAAUCAAUGUUGCGCUUCCUCAGCUCUUCAUGUUAUUGCUGUCUUAAUGACUUGUACAUUAAUAGUUUCCCAUUUAAAGGAAAUUUUAAAAUGUUUUUUGGUAAAUUUUUAUUUAAUUUUGUAUUAUGUUCACAGGUUUAUAAACUAUUUUUGCAAUAAUUUACCAAUAUUUUACAAAUUAACAUUAUUACAUGAUGUAUUGUGUCAGCUAAAGUGUAUAAAGGCUUUAUAAUAACUAGUUCACAUAUGCUGGCCAAACACUUGUAUAUACGGCUGGGAAAUGGACUUAACCAGGUGAAUGAAGGAAUCUACACUGCUGCCUAAACGGUGACUCCGUGUGAUAGAAUGCAGUAACUGAAGCCUGGUACACACGAUCAGAUUAUCAGAAAUAUUUUUGUCAGUUUUUUGUUGCAUGCUUGUCUCGUAUCCAAAGUGAAGGGGUUACUCAACAUUCCAAAAUUCUCAUACGACAGAAUACAACUUCAGAAGUGAUGUAAUAUGUUAAAUUGUUUUUGUAUGUGUCCUUUCAUUUCUGAGCAUGCGUAGUCUUGCUCUUACGAAAACUUUACUAAUUAAAAGAAAAUCAGGAGUUGUGUUCACAAACAAAAAUUUUAUAGCCUGCACAUCUAGAUUUUCUUUGGAAAUUCGGAAUCGGCUGUCGAAACACCAUACUAACGAUCAGAAAAUCAGCAGAUCGUUUGUCGGACAAAAUUUUACUUCUAGUUUUCUGAUCGUGUGUACGGGCAUUUAGGCAGACAAUAUUCCACCCAAUUCAAUCAAGGUUAGUUGAGAUGGAUGGUCCCAACAGGGCCACUGAAGGCCCCAAUUUUUAGGUUGAGUCAGCAAGAAUUGAUCAGAAUUCAAGAUGUUUGGGGCCAGCCUUACACUUCCAACGAGGAUAGAGGCAGUGCUGAUAUUUCUCACAACAUUUCUGGCUUUUCUUGGGGGGAAGAAGGGAGGGUGUGAGUCCUUGGCCAAGUUAAUUAAGAAUAUUUUUUAAUACUUAAAAUAUAUUUUUACAUUUUAUUUCCCUUUGUGUGCUGCAGUAUUAUGAUGUAAGAUGGGGACUGGGCAAUUGAGACCAAACCUACAUGUGGAAAUAUAGUCAAAAUAUCAGAGACAAAAUAUAAAAUGUAUAUGGUGAUUACAGUCAGGCCUUAUGCAGAUAUAUGUACAGCGCAGAGCUGUAUUAACAUCUGUUGUGUUAAGGAAGCCCUUCCAUUUUCCAAUGGCACUUGGCAAGGUACCCUGUGGGAGGUCAAAUUGGUCAUCUCCUAGUUUUCAGUAAUUCUGUGUCUUCCCCAAGAGUACAGUGCAUAGAGAAGAGUAUCUAAAAGUAUCAGUUUAAUCUAAAAAGGUGUAACACAUCAGGGUAUACUUGUCAGUACAACGGCUUUAGCACUUAAUGUAUAAGGUACCUUAGCCCCUUCAGUAGGUGAGCAUACUCCAUAUCCCACCUUCUUGGAACGAACCGAUACACCAGGUGUAUUGGAAUUGAGGAACCGGCCUCUAUCCCUUGCCCCAUUCAGCUGUCAGCUGGAAGAUUCUUUGGCUGAAAGCUAAAUGUGAAAAAAGGGGUUGUCAUCAGCUAUAGUGGUGACGUCAUUGCCCAAAUAUAGCAAUGGCCAUAAUUGGGAAAUUACUUGAGUCACUAGGUGGGGGGAGCCUGGUGGGAAACUAGCCUUUCAGUCCACCUUACUUUUGAUUGGCAGUGGGCAGAAUCAAAAGCUUUUAUUGAACUGAAUAGCAUCUAUGGGUCAGUUCACGGCCGUGUCAUGAACAGCAAGGCAGACCCAAUGAUGAACUCUCAAGUCCCCAUCAGACUCUUUACAGCACACUACAAAACUCCUCAACCAUGCAUCUGUCAGUGCAACGGGCAUAGUAGCCAGUAUGACACUCAGAAAUCCAUGCCAGGCUCUGACUGAUUCACGUUCAUGAAUUUUGCAACAAUAUUGGUGUGGCACCCCAAUGGUGUUCCAAAUGGUGUGUACACAACAUUUAUACAUUUGUUUGUGUUACGCUGCAGACAAUAAUAAUGAUCCUAGAAUAAUUGUCUUUGGCCCCCAACUCGUGUUUAUUUUCUGCUGUGAAUAAACGUUCUCAUAAAAAAAA